GGAUAAGCAGAAAGAAUGGCAAUGGCUCUCUCAACCAAUUAUUAGGAACAAAAUAACGUUGAUAGCACGUUGUUCUUUCAGGAUGUCGGUGGCAAACACAAGAUGUUAGACUCAGAAGAAGGCGUUUCGUCAGUGGAUAACCUGUUUUAUGACGGGCCAGUAAUUCAUAAAGUGAAACCAUUAUGUCAGGGACAGGGCUCCUGGACAUUUGAUGCUCCACCCUCAUUAUCACAAAUACCUGCAACACAAGACAUCCAGGGAGAGGCAGCACACCUUUUCUCACUUAGUUUCUCUCAGAGAUCAAAGAAAUUUCUGCCACCUGCACAAAAACCUAUUCACAAUCCCAUCGCAAGUGUCCAGUGGCAGACUGUGAAAUCACAUGAUCUGGAGGAAUCUGUUUUGUGGACCCAUGAACCUUCUAGAGAAAGAGAUCAAGCUGUUGACCGGAUGGGUUUUGUGGAAGCAAGGCCUUUACCUACUCCCAGUGCUCCUCCCUUCAAGACUCAGUUGUUCAGAGCUCCCACAAGAAGGAUCUCAGGGAAUGAUGAAGAUGGUAUCCCAAAUCAGAUGAUGUCAACAACAAAUGACACCGGUUUCCUUGGUCAGGUUGCCAUGACAACCACCGGUCCACAGACUACACAUGUUGUUGCUACCUGUAGUCCCUUUAUUGACUUUGGCCAAACAGAACAAACAUGUGAUGUACUUUCAAAAACAAACCAUAAUCUCCAUUUUGGUUUCAAACCUGCAGAAUUUGAAGGGUCAUCUGGAAAAGGAACACUACGUCCAGUCUCUGAAAUUCCUGCUAAAUUCAGAAGUGUGUUUAAAGAAUUCCCUUACUUCAACUAUGUGCAGUCCCAAGCACUGGAUGAUGUUCUGUACACAAAUAAAAAUUUUGUUGCCUGUGCUCCCACGGGCUCUGGGAAGACUGUGCUCUUUGAGCUGGCCAUUGUUCGACUACUGAUUGAGGCUUCAGACGCCUGGCACAAUGUCAGAGCUGUGUACAUGGCACCAAUUAAGGCUCUUUGCAGUCAGCGUUUUGAAAACUGGAAACAGAAGUUUGGACCCCUUGGACUAAACUGCAAAGAGUUAACUGGAGACACAGAGAUUGAUGACAUUUUUGAAAUCCAGGAUGCUCAUCUGAUUUUUACAACUCCUGAAAAAUGGGACAGCAUGACAAGGAGGUGGAAAGAUAACUGCUUAUUGCCAUCUGUUAGUCUCUUCCUCAUUGAUGAGAUACAUGUGGUCAAAGACAAAACCCGUGGAGCAACUCUUGAAGUUGUGGUCAGCAGAAUGAAAACCAUGCACUCGUAUCAACUGGCUGUAAAUCCAGAAUCAAAAGCAUCAACGAGAUUUGUGGCUGUCUCAGCUACCAUCCCAAACAUUCAGGACGUAUCUGAAUGGCUUUCGGAUGAGUCAGGGCCUGCCACUUGUUUGGAGAUGGAUGAGACUCAUAGGCCUGUGAAACUGAGGAAAGUGGUGCUUGGGUUCCCGUGUGGAAGUAAUCAGAAUGAAUUCAAGUUUGAUCUUUCUCUCAACUACAAAAUGGCCAACGUUAUUCAGACCUACUCUGAUCAAAAACCAACCCUUGUGUUUUGCUCCACGAGAAAAGGAGUUCAACAGUCUGCUUCUGUGCUUGCCAAGGAUGCCAGAUUCAUUAUGAGCCUCGAACACAAACAAAGACUGAUGAAAUAUGCAAACUCUCUGCUUGAUGCAAAACUCAGAGAUCUAUUUAUUUGUGGCAUUGGAUAUCAUCAUGCUGGCAUGGAUGUGUCAGACAGGAAAUUGAUUGAAGAAGCAUUUACUGUGGGUGACUUGCCAGUGUUAUUUACAACCAGCACCCUUGCUAUGGGUGUGAAUCUGCCAGCCCACCUUGUGGUAAUCAAAUCCACAUUGCACUAUGUCGGUGGUGCAUGUGAAGAGUACAGUGAAGCUGACCUUUUACAGAUGAUUGGGAGAGCUGGCAGACCUCAGUUUGAUACAACAGCAACUGCAGUGAUCAUGACCCGAUCUCAGACAAAGGACAAAUACACACAUUUCUUGAGUGGCAUAGACAGCAUAGAGAGCAGCAUGCCCAAGCUUGACAAAUGUGGAAUUGAGACUAAAUUACAAGAGCUGUGCUUAAAGAACCUCAAUUCUUUGGCCUCUUUCAACCUGAUUACCAUGGAUGAAGACAUUAACAUCAAGCCCACAGAAACUGGAAAACUCAUGGCCAGGUACUGUGUUGCUUUUGACACUGUGAAGCAGUUCAGUAUGGUGACAGGAACAGAGACAUUACCCGAGCUGAUUGAAAUGAUAUCGAAGGGGAAAGAAUUCAGUGAUGUGCAGUUGAGAGUAAAUGAAAAGAAAACCUUGAACAUGUUGAACAAGGAUAAGAACAGAACCACCAUCAGGUUUCCUAUGGAAGGAAAGAUCAAAAGUAAUGACAUGAAAGUGAAUUGUCUGAUUCAAGCUCAGCUCAGCUGCAUACCCAUUCAGGAGUUUGGACUCAUACAGGACACUGGAAAAAUAUUCAGAAAUGGAAAUAGAGUCAGCAGAUAUCUGACUGAGUUUCUCAGUCAUCACUCCAAGUCGAAUUUCUCAGCUCGACUCAACUCUUUAAUUCUUGCCAAAUGUUUUCGAGCUAAACUGUGGGAGAACUCGCCUUACGUCUCCAGACAGCUUGAGAGGAUAGGUCAGAUUCCACGAUACAGUCUCUCCACAGCUGAGAUUUCUGUCACAGUGAACUUGAUGAAUUUCCAGGAGUUGGUAUCGAAACAGACAGCACCAGACCACCAUUAUGUCACUCUCAUUAUUGGAGACUGUGACAAUAAUGUAGUUUUCCAGCAGAAAAUCCUGAACACGUUGCUCUCGAAAUCUGGGAGCUGGUCAAAGAGAAUCGAGGUGACAAGAGCACCUAAGGGAGAGGAGUUAAGCGUUCAUUUGAUCAGCUCUGAAUACGUGGGACUGGACGUUCAGCAGAAGUACAGAGUCUACUACUCAGGAGUGAAAAGAUUUGGAGCUGAGUCCUGCAUUAGAGAGAACCCUACAUGGAGAGUGCAGAGGAUUUACAAGAUGGAGAAGACACAAGACACUACACUGACAACUCCAGCUCCGUCAAACAGAGAUCCAGUGGCUCUGAAUAUAGUUAAGAGACAGUGCCAUCAUGUUUGCAAAAACAAGGAGCUCUGUGGGCACUGCAAAAUUGGAGUGAUGAAAAGGUCUGUAAGUCAGUCAAAUUUCACCUCGUACCUCAGCAAUCUAAAAAUGAGGAAUGAGAGACUCUGUGAGACUCCUGUGAAACGUUUAAAGAUGAGGAUGAAUAAUGGGACAGCAUCUGUAAGCAUGCAGCAGUUCUCAUACAAACCCAAAGACACACUUCCUGCUGCCAAGAAGUUUGAGGGAAGUCAGUGUUACACUCAAAGUACAUAUGAAAUCAAGGAGCUAGAGGCCAGUUUUGACACUCAACAUGAGAAUUCAUCAUUUGAGUCAUACCAUGAUGGUUACAAUGAUGAGCCGGGAGACUUUUAUUCUGAAAUUGCUGACCCAGCAUUAGAACAGUCUCAACCUUUGGCUUUACCUCAAAGGGUUUUGAUUCACAGUCAACUCAAGCCAUGCAACGAUGGACAGAUGAACAGAAUAAGUGCUAAUAAAGCCAUUGUUUAUACUGCCCAUGCAAACCCAGAGCACAGUGCUGACUUUGAUCACCUCUGGUCUGGUUCUCUUGAUGUGACCUUUGACCUGGGAGUAAAUGAUUGGGAUGAUUUUGAUGAAGGUAACCUGGUUGAAGCUAGUGAGGUGUGCUGUGAUUCCAAACUAUGUGACCCCAUGACAGACCAUGGUCAACCUUCAAAUGCUGGAGGUUUGGCUUCAGCCUCACAAUGUACAUCCCAAAUCAUACAAGGAACUACAAGUCCUGUCUUGCCACAAAGGAUCCAACCAAUGACUGCUACCUCUCAAACUCCAGUGUGCUCAGAAAUGAGAAUGAAGUCCCUUUCAAACCAGAGUCAAGCCAAAACACCUUCAGUCCAAAGAAGAUUUGAUUUUGUCACAUGGACAGAUGCAGCUUUGAUGGAAAACACACCUGUUAGCAGGGAUCACACAAAGGACAUCUGCAAUGAGACCAGUGUUUUUCUGGGUAUGUUCGAUGGUCUUUUUUAGAGUUGUUGUAGAGGAUUCCUGACACAUUUAACACUAUGUUGUGUAAGGAUGUUCUUGGUUUAAUGUUGAAUGUGAAUUACAAAAAGAAAAGUUAUAUGUUGGCAAAGAGCUUUCUAUCGAUUUUGGAGGCUGAACUGUCUUUUAAGAUUUAAUAUUUUAGCGAUAUUGGAAAAUUACUCUGUAAAUAUCACAUUUUUAAGACGGUGUUCUUUUAGCAGUUGGG